ACACACACACACACACAUAUAUUUUUUUCUAAUCAAGAGUGUACGACAGAAUUUUUACGAGAGGCCGGUAUGGAACUUACGGAUGACAAUUUACUUACACUCAGUGAAUAUUUGAAGCAUACACUUAGCCCCGACGUAAAUGUUAGGCGACCAGCCGAAAAGUUUUUAAAAUCAGUUGAAGUAAAUCAAAAUUAUCCGCUACUUCUGUUGCAUCUUGUGGACAAGUCUGAAAUCAAUAUAACUAUUAGAAUUGCUGGUGCAGUUGCAUUUAAAAAUUAUGUAAAACGUAAUUGGAAAGUGGGAGAAGAUUCUGUGGAUCGUAUACAUGCGCAAGAUAGAGAUGCUAUAAAAAAAUUAAUUGUUAAUUUAAUGCUGCACUCUCCCGAUUCAAUUCAAAAACAAUUAUCUGAUGCCGUCUCGAUAGUUGGAAAGUAUGAUUUUCCAAAUAAAUGGCCUGAACUUAUUGAUCAAAUGGUUGAAAAAUUCAAUACAGGGGAUUUUCAUGUUAUUAACGGCGUCUUACAUACCGCGCACUCGUUAUUCAAAAGAUAUAGAUACGAGUUUAAAAGUCAGAGCCUAUGGACUGAGAUAAAAUAUGUAUUGGAUAGAUUUGCUAAACCUUUGACCGAUUUGUUUGUUGCUACAAUGAAUUUAAUGCAGGUACAUGCAAACAAUGUAGAUGCAUUGAAAGUUAUAUACAGCUCUUUGGCAAUUUUGUCCAAGGUGUUUUAUUCUCUUAAUUUCCAAGAUGAAGAAGAAGCAGGAGUAAUCGAGCAGUUAAAGUCACAAGUCUGUGACAAUAUUGGCCUUUACGCUCAGAAAUACGACGAAGAAUUUCAACCAUACUUACCUGAGUUUGUAACUGCCGUGUGGAAUUUAUUGACAUCAACGGGACAACAACCGAAAUAUGAUGCUUUAGUUUCAAAUGCCUUACAAUUUUUAGCAACGGUAGCCGAUCGUGCUCAGUAUAGAAAUUUGUUUGAAGAUCCAAGUACUUUGAGUAACAUUUGCGAAAAAGUUAUAAUACCGAACAUGGAAUUUAGAGAAACGGAUAAUGAAUUAUUUGAGGAUAAUCCGGAGGAAUAUAUCAGGCGAGAUAUCGAGGGUAGCGAUGUCGAUACACGAAGGCGUGCUGCUUGUGAUUUAGUCAAAGUACUUUCUAAAUAUUUCGAAGCAAAAAUAAUGGAAAUUUUCGGCGCCUAUAUACAGGUGAUGUUACAAAAUUAUGCUGAUAAACCAGCUGAAAAUUGGCGAAGUAAAGAUGCUGCUAUUUAUCUAGUCACCAGUAGUGCGAGCAAAGCUCAAACUCAGAAACAUGGUGUUACGCAAAGCAGCGAGCUCGUUUCAUUGCCUCAAUUUGCGAUGCAACAUAUCGAACCAGAAUUGGUCAAACCAAACGUGAAUGAAUUCCCCGUUCUUAAAGCUGAUGCCGUUAAAUUUAUAAUGACCUUCAGGUCGAUAUUGCCAAAAGAAAUGAUAAUUGGUAGUCUACCACAAUUAAUUAGGCAUUUGAGUGCCUCAAAUAUCGUAGUUCACACAUACGCUGCUUGCGCGAUUGAAAAAAUACUCGCAAUGAAAGGACCUGAUAACACACCUUUAGUUAAAGUAAAUGAUAUAUCGCCACUGACAUCGGAUUUAUUAAAGGGUCUAUUUGUGUGUUUAAAUACACCUGGCUCAGAAGAGAACGAAUACGUAAUGAAAGCUAUUAUGAGAAGCUUCGGUAUUCUACAAGAAGUGAUUGUACCAUUUUUAGCAGAUCUUCUUCCAAAACUUACAGAAAAGCUUGCCAUCGUAUCUAAAAAUCCAAGUCGUCCCAACUUCAAUCAUUAUCUCUUCGAAACGUUUGCUUUAUCAAUUAAAAUUCUUACCGUACGUUUUUCAAAUACUUGCUUUACUUCUGGAACUACGAACAACUCAAGAUAUGCCAGAAGCAUAUUUGGCUUUGUUCCCCUGUCUAUUGUCAUCCGUGUUGUUCGAACGCCAAGCUAACAUUCAUCCAUUAAAUCGAUUAUUAAGAGCUUUUAUUAGCCAUGGUGCACAUCAUAUAGUAGCGCAAGACAAGACAAAUGGUUUGCUAGGUGUAUUUCAAAAAUUGAUCGCUUCAAAAGCCAAUGAUCACGAAGGUUUUCUAUUGUUACAAAGUAUCAUUGAAUAUUUUGCACCGAACGUAUUGGAACCAUACAUGAAACAAAUUUUCAUAUUACUGUUUCAAAGACUUUCAUCUUCGAAAACGACAAAAUUCGUAAAAGGUCUAAUCGUAUUUUUUGCGUACUAUAUCAUUAGAUACGGUUCGAAUAGUUUGGUUACGAUUAUAGAUGAAAUACAGCCUCGAAUGUUUGGUAUGGUUUUGGAACGUGUACUGAUAGCAGAUAUGCAAAAAAUAUCGGGCGAUAUUGAACGAAAAGUAACCGCAGUCGCAGUGUCCAAUUUACUAAUCGAUUAUCCAACGAUACUAGAAAGGCCGUACAAUACGUAUUAUCCUCGUUUAUUAACGACGUUGGUAGAAUUUUUUGAAUUACCACAGGAUCAGACUACAUUGUCCGAAGAUAAUAUAUUCCCAGAAACUGAAGAUACACCUGGGUAUCAAGUAGGAUAUAGUCAGCUGCUUUGUGCAAAAAAUCCCCCAAAGGAUCCUCUGGAAGCUAUUGGUGACGUGCGUUUACAUUUAGCACAAGGAUUAGCGAGAUUAUCGCCGAGACAAUUACUUAGUAUUCUCGACCAAAUCCCAGAACCUAAUGCAAACCAUUUGAGGGGCUAUCUCCAAACGGUUGGUAUUACCGUUGCAUAAUACGAGCUAGAUGUCCGAGAUAGACUAAAAAUUCAUCUGAUUGCUCGGAAAAUAAACAAUAUUGAAUUGAACAAAUCGUAACGAAGGGUCAAAAAAGAAGUUGCUUCUCUGGCUUCUCUACGUUACGAAUACCUGCGUGAUCGAACAUUUGUAUCGUUCGCCUGUCAUGCAACAUUUGAACAUUUCAAGAAUUAUUUACUAUUUUCGCGUGAAAUAUUGUUCAGAGCCUGUGACUAGGAAUUAUUAAACAAGAAAAAA